CAGUUGAUGUUGACGUUGUCGUUGCCGUUGCCGUUGCUGGGCAGAUUGUCAAACAACUUGACUUAAAGGCAAGUUAACGAGCGAUGUUGGCUGCUCGCCUCAUCAUCAUCAUCAUCAUCACCGUGGUGAUUAUCAUCAACAGCGUACUCAUUGCAAUGAACGACAACUUCAUCAUGGUAGCCGCGCUGUCAUCAGCAUCAGAGCAUCAACACACGACGCCUCGAAAAAGCCAUCAAAAGCGUUGGAGGAACGUAAAAUGCAACAAGAAAUGGAGAAAUGCAGUAACCUCAACACUCAACACUCUAGGAACAACGAAACGUCAAUGCGCUCUGUGCAUCAGUGUGCGCUAAUUUGUGUUGUUUAGCGACUUAUUAUAAAUAAAUGAAGUCUUGAGACCGAUCGAGAGAGUGAGAGAGAGAGAGCGAGAGCUAAAGAUCAUAAUUAAUGGAGGCCGUUCAGUCCAGAGAAGUUCUAAUCAAAGAUUUGCUGGACAGAUUGGCGAGUCUCUUGAUUGUAUAUUUGCUGUUGAUGAGACAAUCCAUGAGGGGAUUUGUUAUUGCUUUUGGAUUUGGAUGUCGAUGUGACGUUAGAUGUGAUGUUCAUUAAAACAAAAGAUACGAAAAUCAAAUUAAACCUCCAAUUAGCAUAGACAGUCGCAAGUGGAACCCGAUGUAUCCAUAAUUUCGUAUAAAAACUAGAUACUUUUGUGCCACCAACAACAGAUCAACCGCAAGUCCAAAGCCCAAAACAUGCAAUUCUUUGUGAUCGCAUUGGCCCUCGUUGGCUUCGUGGCUGCCGAUGUUAGUCAUCUGCUGCUUGAUCAAAAUGCUGGCUACAGCUACAGCGCCUCAUCUUCCUCCUCCUCCUCAGCUUCGGCAGCUCUACCUGGCGGCGACUCCAGCAGCUAUCAGCCUGAGGACUUGAUUCCCCAGCACCUGAAAGCAUCGCACGUCGAGACUGUUUCAGCUGAGAUUGUGCCUGGUGGAGAUUCUAGCAGCUAUCAGCCUGCUCAUCUGAUUCCUCAGCAAUUGCAGUCGGAAGUUGCCUCAGCUGAAGUCAUUCCCGGUGGAGAUUCCAGCAGCUAUCAACCUGCUCAUCUUAUUCCCCAGCAAUUGCAGUCGGAAGUUGCCUCAGCUGAAGUUAUUCCCGGUGGAGAUUCCAGCCGCUAUCAACCUGCUCAAGUAAUCGAGCAGCAGUCAUUUAAUCUGGGCGCUGAUACACAGACUCCCGAGCAGUUCAUUCCCGAGGCUGAUCGCAUUGCACAUGCUCAGUAUGUGCAGGAACAGGAGCAGCAGCAACAAGCACAGGUUGUUGUGCCUGGUGGCGAUUCCAGCAGCUAUCAACCAGCUCAUCUGAUUCCUCAGCAACUGCAGACUGAAACUGAGGUCAUUCCUGGUGGAGAUUCUAGCAGCUAUCAGCCCGCUGAUUUGAUUCCCCAGCACUUGAAGGCUUCCCAUAGCUCUUACAACAUUGGAGCUGAGACUCAGACUCCCGAGCAGUUCAUUCCUGAAGCAGAUCGCGUUGCUCACUACGCAUACACGCAAUCGCAGACGCUGACGCAAUCGCAGCCGGCUGUGCCAUCACAGGAACUCCAAGCAGCUCAGGUGGAGACUGCUUCGUAUAAUCUGGGCGCUGAUACCCAAACUCCCGAGCAAUUCAUACCCGAAGCCGAUCGCAUUGCGCACGCCAACUAUGUGGAGCAGGAGCAAUCUCAGUCGCCGGUUGUCUACCAGGAACCCGUGUCCAAUGGCAUCGAGGAGUUCAAUGCCGAGACGCAUGUGCCCGUUGUCAUUGGUGCCGACACAAUUACACCCGCCCACCUGCUGCCCAAGUACUCAGCUGGUGCCUCUUCCUCCUCCUCGUCGAGUGCAUCAUCCGCUGAUACGCAGUACGGAUCGAAUGGCGGUUAUAUUUAUUAAUUCAAUUGCAUUUGCAUUAAGCUUAAUUAAAAUAUAUGUUCAAUGACCUUUUAGAUUCAAGCUUUUCGCUUCACAUCUGUAAUUUACAGGGUAUUAACAACUUAUGAGUGUCGCAUUAGUGUUCUCAGCGUGUCAUCAGAACUCAAAACAUUGCUCACACUAGAAUCCACUCAAGCAAGUGAAUAAUUAGCUUCCAGUCUUGAUGUUAAACAGCGGAAGCUUUAUCCGAAGACUAACUACUCUAUUUGUUGUAAGAUCAAACAAUGUUUGUG